GGCCACGCCCGGACCGCCUGCUCCCCGCCUAGGGCCUGCACAGUUGGCGCCCACCGGCAUCAGCGUGAAGGGAGUUCCUCGCCGGCUGGGGACCGGGCUGCAGGGCUCGCUAGCCGCUCACCUGCGUGUGAGCGCGGAGCCCGCAGUACCCGCCGUCCGGGCUCAGAGGACGUGACUCCCCGACCCUGCGCCCGGCAGCCCCCGUGGGCCGUGCGCCGGGCCCAGGCUCGGAGGUCCCGCCCAGCGGCGGCUCAGGCUGCGCGCCUGGCUCCCAGCCUCAGUUUCCCCAUUGGUAAAGCAUUGACGGUGGUUGCGGACGGCUUCUGCGGAUAGAGCCUUGGGCUCCGACGUCUGCGCGGGUACCGGCAGCACCCCCACCCCGAACGGAGGGCGGGACCUGGAUCUCGCGACCGCUGCCCCAGGUCCCCGCCCCCGGGCCCUACCGGGCUGAGGUCGGGAGGCCCCGCCCCCCGCCCACGAGGAAGUGGCUGCUGCUCCGGCGCGGAGCCCAGAGCCGGUUCGGCGCGUCGACUGCCCAGAGUCCGCGGCCGGGGCGCCGGAGGAGCCAAGCCACCAUGGCCUACCACAGCUUCCUGGUGGAGCCCAUCAGCUGCCACGCCUGGAACAAGGACCGCACCCAGAUCGCCAUCUGCCCCAACAACCAUGAGGUGCACAUCUACGAAAAGAGCGGUGCCAAAUGGACCAAGGUGCACGAGCUCAAGGAGCACAACGGGCAGGUGACAGGCAUCGACUGGGCCCCCGAGAGUAACCGUAUUGUGACCUGCGGCACAGACCGCAAUGCCUACGUGUGGACGCUGAAGGGCCGCACGUGGAAGCCCACGCUGGUCAUCCUGCGGAUCAACCGGGCUGCCCGCUGCGUGCGCUGGGCCCCCAACGAGAACAAGUUUGCUGUGGGCAGCGGUUCGCGUGUAAUCUCCAUCUGUUAUUUUGAGCAGGAGAAUGACUGGUGGGUUUGCAAGCACAUCAAGAAGCCCAUCCGCUCCACCGUCCUCAGCCUGGACUGGCACCCCAACAAUGUGCUGCUGGCUGCCGGCUCCUGUGACUUCAAGUGCCGGAUCUUUUCAGCCUACAUCAAGGAGGUGGAGGAGCGGCCAGCACCCACCCCGUGGGGCUCCAAGAUGCCCUUUGGGGAGCUGAUGUUCGAAUCCAGCAGUAGCUGCGGCUGGGUACAUGGCGUCUGCUUCUCAGCCAGUGGGAGCCGUGUGGCCUGGGUGAGCCACGACAGCACCGUGUGCCUGGCUGAUGCCGACAAGAAGAUGGCCGUCGCGACUCUGGCCUCUGAAACGCUACCACUGCUGGCGCUGACCUUCAUCACAGACAACAGCCUGGUGGCAGCGGGCCACGAUUGCUUCCCGGUGCUGUUCACCUAUGACGCCGCCGCCGGGAUGCUGAGCUUCGGCGGGCGACUGGACGUGCCUAAGCAGAGCUCGCAGCGUGGCUUGACGGCCCGCGAGCGCUUCCAGAACCUGGACAAGAAGGCGAGCUCCGAGGGUGGCACGGCUGCGGGCGCGGGCUUGGACUCGCUGCACAAGAACAGUGUCAGCCAAAUCUCGGUGCUCAGCGGGGGCAAGGCCAAGUGCUCACAGUUCUGCACCACUGGCAUGGAUGGCGGCAUGAGUAUCUGGGAUGUGAAGAGCUUGGAGUCAGCCUUGAAGGACCUCAAGAUCAAAUGACCUGUGAGGAAUAUGUUGCCUUCAUCCUAGCUGCUGGGGAGGUGGGGAGAGGGGUCAGGGAGGCUAAUGGUUGCUUUGCUGAAUGUUUCUGGGGUACCAAUAUGAGUCCCCAUAGGGGCUGCUCCCUCAAAAAGGGAGGGGACAGAUGGGGAACUUUUCUUACCUAUUCAAGGAAUAUGUGCCUUUUUCUUGAAGAAAUGCUUUCAUUUAUUGGAAAAAAAAAAAAAAAAGCCCCCAAAGCACUAUGCUGGUCAUGAACUGCUUCAAAAUGUGGAGGUAAUAAAAUGCAACUGUGUAAAAAAAAAAAAAAAAAAAAGUAAUUAUGGACAUGCUUGCCUAUGUGGAAGGAGAGGUUUUUUGUUGUUAUUUUCUUGGGGUCUUGCUAAGUUAUCCAGGCUGCACUAGAACUCAUGGGAGUAAUCCUUCUGCCUCAGCCUCCCAAGUAGCUGGGACUCCAGGGAGAGGUUGGUGUUUGCACGGCCAUAGGUAGAUAGCAUGUUUUUACUGCUUGCCAACAUAAUUGAUCCUGAAGCCCAAUGGCCUUAUGCCAAAUGGUUCCCUCCCCACUGCUGUCCAUCCUGGGCUGCCACUCCCAAAACUGCCAGUACCAGGUGUCACUGACUGACUAGUCAAAUUCCUGGACAAAGGGGCUACACAUUCCAGGCUGGUUGUGGAACUUUUGUUUUGAGAUGGAGUUUUGCUCGUCACCCAGGCUGGAGUGCAGUUGUGUGAUCUCAGCUCACUGCAACCUCUGCCUUCCUGGGAUCAAGCGAUUCUCCUGCCUCAGCCUCCCAAGUAGCUGGGAUUACAGGCACGCGCCACCAAGCCCGGUUAAUUUUUGUAUUUUUAGUAGAGACGGGGUUUCUCCAUGUUGGCCAGGCUGGUCUUGAACUCCUGACCUCAGAUGAUCCACCCACCUCACCUCCCAAAGUGCUGGGAUUACAGGCGUGAGCCACCGUGCCCGGCCUGGUUGUGGAAC